CGGAUCGAUCAUCAUGGCUCAUAGUAACAUCUGGAACUCCCACCCCCGUGGCUAUGGCAAGGGCUCCCGCGAGUGCCGUGUCUGCACUCACCCCGCUGGCUUGAUCCGCAAGUACGGCCUCAACAUUUGCCGUCAGUGCUUCCGUGAGAACUCUGCCGCCAUCGGUUUCACCAAGACCCGCUAA